AUGAAAAAGUCCUCAAAUGCAACAGAUAUUGGUGCUCCAAAUAGUCAACAUGCAGGAAAAUUCCACAAGACACUUUUGGCACGUAUUGCAGAGAUAAAGGCCAGAAAAGUUAAUAGAGAAAUUUCAGCAAUAAAAAUUCAGAGAGCUUGGUUCAUUUAUGUGGACAAAACGCUAUUUCAACUCUUAAAACACACCGUUUGUGCAGCGGAAUAUUGUGUGGCACAUGAACUACUGAAGAAAGUAAGUCCCACAGAGGCUGCACUUGUUAAAGAUCCUACCACGAAGUAUAAACUCAGAUUCAGAUUUAAUGGUGAAAGAUUUCCACCUUUCAUCGUGUUUAAAAUUUUUUUUCAAAAUGAUGGCCAUGGUUCCAAGUAUUUCAGCGGGAAAAAUUUAUUAAAGCCAUCAAGUCAGGCAGUGACUGAUGCUUGCAGGAUGAUGGGAAAAAGGAUAUUUUAUCAACAAAUUAUGGAAGAUGAGCGUUUUUUCCAGAAGUUCAAAGUAACUGAUCAUAUGGAUAUUGUCACAGUGCAAGAUUACAUGCAAUAUUGCAGUCUUAUGGAUGAGACCCCUGCAGCAUUUGGUGGCAGAAAUAACCACUGGCGAAGAUUAAACCUCAGAAGCAUUCCCAAGACAAUGAUGAUGUACGACAUAGUUGAUUAUGCAGAGACUGGAGUAAUCUCAAGUCGUUUACAAAAAGAAAUGAAGUAUCUGGUACAGAAACCACAGACAGAAGAGAUGCGCCAGCAACAGCUGGAGGCUGUCUCUAAAGUUAGGUGUCCAUGCAUUACCACUAUAGGUCCUUUUUAUCAGCCCCGGGAACAGCAAAGCAAAACGAAACAUCUGGGUCGUCGAUCCAAGCAAGCUAAACAGAAAGUUGAAAAAAUGAGAAAAGCUUAUAUGCCACCUAAAGAGGGAAAGGCUUCUUCUACCAAGGAACCACGAGCUGACAAACCAAGUACAAAGGAGAAGACGGUCAUUUCCUACACCCCGUCUUUUCAACUUUCGGCGGUUAAAGAACCCAAAAAAGAGACCAGAAAAUUGGAAAAAGAAGGAAAGGAACUGUUUGCCUGA